CGGCCUGUCCUGGAGGUUUCUCUCAACGUGCGGACAUGUCGGACUGUGACCCGCCCGCUGUGGAGGCUCCGGGUCCACCGGGUCCUGGUGCUCCGGGUCCACCGGGUCCUGGUGCUCCGGGUCACAGUCGCCCCCCCCUGGCAGAGAAGGCCCUGUCAGAACCGUUCUGCCGGCUGCGGUACCGGGACACGUCCCUGCUGGUCUGGCAGCAGCAGCAGCAGGAGCUGCAGGCGGCGCCGCCCUCCACCUACCUGACCCGGAGCCAGUCGGCCUGGUACAGCAGCUUCGGGAACCAGGCGGUGCUGAUCCGGGACAAGAGGGGCCUCGAGGACACAGAGGGACGGUCCAAGAUCUGCAGCAUCAUGUAGACCAGAACCAGAACGGACGGCGAUCAGGCUGAACUGGACUGGAACCGAUGUACUGCAGAACUGAUCUGGAUCAGAACUGGUCCUGGUUCAGAACCUUUAGAGUGUUGAACAGAGCUGUGGCUGCAAUAAACUGUUUGUAUAGAACCCUACGGACAAACGAGCGGGCGGGUUCUGUAGAGGUUCUGUAGGGGUUCUGUAGAGGUUCUGUAGGGGUUCUGUAGAGGUUCUGUAGAAACUCAAAGUUUAGUUUUAAUAUGAUCUAAAACGUGACGUCAUCGAUUGUUCCGUUUGUUUGUGUCAAUAAAGAUUUCUAAUUAAAGCGUCUCGUCCAUAUAUGGUCACUUCUGGCGACGGCCACGAUGACGUCACGCCGUGAUCGUUAGCAUGCUGCUACCUGCACAGGUGAGAGAAGGAGGCGAGGCUCAGGUCACUUUAUGUGUUUAUUUAUGAAAACAAAGGAACUCAGAAAAUAAGGAUCCAUAUCAGUAAUUACAUCAAAGAAUUCACUUGUUGUUUGUCCUCGCUUCGUCCUGUCUGUCUCUCUGUCUGUCUCUGUCCUGUCUCACCCUCUCCUGUCUCUCUACCCUCAGACAGCUACUAUACAGCUACUAUACAGUGCUCAACAUACGGAAGAAGAACGGCCGGAGUGCAUGCAGAUACACAAAAUCACUUUUUUCUCUUUUCUUAUUAAAAUACAAAAAUUAACUAUUCAAAGCUCGACCAACUAAAACAGACAGAGGUUACCGCGGCAACGGCCUGUCUGUCUGCCACCUGUCUGUCUGAGGCGCACAUGUUGAAACGUUGAAGUUGAUUCAGAGACACGGCGCGACAGCUGAGGCUUCGACCAAUCACAGAGCAGGGGGAGGAGGAGGAGGCGGGGUCCACAGAGGUCAAAGGUCAGACAGACAGGUGGCAGACGGACAGACAGGUGAGUCACAUGAUUGAUCUGUUCAACAGAAACACGAUGGAGACGAAAAAGAAAAACCUGACCCCGCCCCCGCCAAUCAGAGCCGAGCCUGGACCCGUCCAAUGAGCAAGCAGCCAAUCAGACGAGGACGAGGUUGUGACAUCACCACUAAGACGAGCUGACGAGGCUCUCAGCCAAUCAGAUCAAAGUUUAUUAAAAAGAUUAAAAUAAUAAAAGUGGAUUAAAAUGAGAUAAAAGCAGCUGACGUCAGGUCAGAGCUCGUCACGUCUGAGCGGCGAGGGGGCGGGGCCACGUCUGUGGCGAGGGGGCGGGGCUGUUACAGUAUGAGUGGUUUACUUUGAGGGGGCGUGGCUUGUUGUGGCGUCGGGGCAGCGUACAAAGACAUUUUAUAUCGAGAACUUUAUAAAGACACAAACGUUUCAGCACAACCUGAAAUCAAAGAAAAUGUAGUGUUAAAAAAAACUGACGGAGCCGGAGCCGCUCAUGGGGGGCGGGGUCAGAGCCGGGCGUGGUGACCCCGCCCCCCUCGCUGAUGACCCCAGGGACUGACGGGUCGGGUUGUUGGUUUGAGUUUCAGGACCAGCAGAGGGCGGGCUCUGCUCUCAGAGAGUUUCAUCAGCUGACAGUGAAGGUAACACGAGGCGUUCAAAGACACGGUCCGAGUCGGCUCUCUCUGCGGCAGCUGAUUGGUGGAUAUUUAACAUAAUUAAUGAGUCUGUACAAAGAACCUGAUUGGUCAAAAUGCUCACUGAUGGUCUGAUCGAUCUAUAACAACAUGAUCGCACUAAAAACCCACUGAGAUCUCCUGCUGCUCCUCCUCCUGCUCCUCCUCCUGUUCCUCCUCCUCCUGCUCCUCCUCCUCCUCCUCCUGCUCCUCCUCCUGUUCCUCCUCCUGCUCCUCCUCCUCCUCCUGCUCCUCCUCCUGUUCCUCCUCCUGUUCCUCCUCCUGUUCCUCCUCCUCCUGCUCCUUCUCUCCCAUGAUGCUCUACAGAUGCUUCUGGAAUGUUGGCAGAGGUCAGGGGUCACAGCCGGCCGUCCAUUAACAAGAAGAAGAAGAAGAAGAAGACGACCUCCACGGCAGAGUUCAGAGAAGAACGAUGACUUCUAGACAGACAGGUGUACAGACAGACAGGUGUACAGACAGACAGGUGGCCUGCCUGUCUCACUUCUUCUUCUUCUCUUGCAGGAAGUCGUCGUUUUCUUCUUCUUCACUUCCUGUUUGCAUUCCUCCAG